AUGCUCCGCAACGCCGCCCGUCUGUCCCAGCGUGCUACGCGCUCGGCCCCGGUCCGUCAGACCGUUCAGCGCCGCUUCAACUCCGCCGAGGCCAAACCCGAGUGGAUCGUCGACAACGAGUUCAACCGUGAGCGUGCUAAUGUCAAACACCACGCAGCCUCCACCAGCGGCCUCUGGCGCAAGCUCUCCAUCUUAUCUUUCCCACCUCGAAUAUCGCUAACGAAGACUCGCUGCAGCGCUGUCAUUCCCUGCCUGAUUGGUGGCGGUAUCAACGCCUACAACCUGUGGGAGGAGCACUGGGAGCACUGGGCUCACAUGCCCCCUCUCGAGGAGCGUACCGAGUACCCCUACCAGAACAUUCGCGUCAAGAACUUCCCAUGGGGUGACGGUGACAAGACCAUCUUCUGGAACUCCGAUGUCAAUUACCACAACAAGGACAAGGCUACCUAA